UGGAUGACGCUACUUUCCUGACGGUUUCGCGCAACUAGACUAUUGACUCACUUCCACGCCACGUCCACGCUUUGGUGCCACCUAGAGCUCGACUGCUGGUAGAUUCUAUAGCUGAUCGUCAGGAGGCCGAGCGUCGUCGUCAUACAACAGCCCAGUAAGCUUCGGCACGACUGGCUUACCCUUCCGGCAACCCUAUUCUAGGGGACCGCAACCCACCCACUUCAAGCGGAGCUUCAAGAAGCAGCCUGCCCGGAGCGCGGCGUUCCCUCGGGCGUACAGUACCAUCUGCGGCACUGCCUUCAGCAGCGGCAGCGGCGGGCGUGCUGGCUGCCCCCAAUGCUGUCGCCGGCGCACUCGCCGUUCGCAUUGAGUGAGCCCGUCAGCCCACUUUGCGCCCACAAGCGCUCAGGCCCCUUGGUGGCAGCAACCUUUAGUGCAGAGUCGCCUGGGCGCACCCCCAGCCCAGGCGGCUUCAUCCCCUCCCCCGCGGCUGGCCGGAGGUAGUACUAGCUGACCAGCACGCCACGAACACGCCAGCCUUACGAACGUCGUGCUGAGAGAACAGAGCAACAGAUCAGUAGUUUAGCAUUGGCAACGGCUCCCUGCCCCUCGGCUUCCUAGCAGCUACAACAACAGCAGGCACUGUAGUAAGAGCUGUGCCCAGCGGAAGGAUGGCGGUAUCCACCUCGUGGACUCACUACCCGACGGCGGCAGGCCAGGCAAGCAGCAUCCUUGCAGACGGUGCCAACGGGGCCAACGCGGCACACGAGCUGCACGUGCGUGAUGCCGUCACCGCGGCAGCCGCCGGCGCAAUGGCCAUGAUCGCCAACGGCAGCACCGCCGGCGCCGGCGGCGGCGGCAGCCGCGGGGAGCUCAGUGGGGGCAGCAUGGAUGCGGACGAGCCUGCCAUGAUGCGGCCUCAACACGACGGAGGAGGAGGCGGCGGGGCUGCUGCUGCUGUGGCCGGGGCUCCCUCUUGGUCCGGCAGACAGCACAUGAGCGGGGCCGGAGGCGCGCGGCAUCACCUCACCAGCCAUCCGUUGCAACAUGAGCAACCCCAGGGCUUUGAUGCCUCUCCUGGAGGCGAGCAUGGCGGAGGCAGCAGCCAGGCGGGCAUGAACGCGGAGGGCGGUUGUUAUGCUGGGGCUUACAGCCAAGGCACGGAGGGCUUUGGCGCAGGGAACCCGGCCGCGGACGUGCUGAUGAGGGGCGGGCUGGCGGCUGAGGGAGGAGCAGGUGCCGGGUUUGGAGCGGGGCUGCAGGCGGCUGCAGGUGCGGGACCAGGCCCGCCGUCCACCCAGGCGAGGAGGUCGGCCGGCGGCGCAGCAGCGCCGCGCGGCGGCAGCAGCAUGAUGAGUGCUGCCGCGUCUCCGGUUGCUACCACCGCAGCAGCCGCUGACGCCGGCGGCGGUAGCGACGGCAGCAGCGCUGUGUUUGCAAGCUCCGGCGCUGCUAAGAGAAAAUCGUGCAUCAGCGUCAGCGCCUUCCGGCCCUACCAUAUGGUCUGCGCUGCCGCGUCUGCCGGCAGCGGCAGCAACCACAGCGGCCACCACCACCAGCAGCAGCAGCUCUCCAGCAACAGCAACAACCGCCGGCCCAGGUCCUGCGCGCUGCUGGUACGGGCCACGUCAGGCCUGGUGGCCGUGUACCGUGCCUGCCGGCCUGACACCUACCGCUACAGCCACAACGCUAACCCGCGCCGCGUGCUGACGAAGCCCUCGGCGGGCGUCAAGAACGAUGGGUACGACAAUGAAAACGCGGAUCUGAUCCUGCAUGUGAAUGACGUGCUGAUCAACGGUCAGCCGGGUGCCGUACUUCGGCGCUAUGUCGUACAUGAGAUGCUGGGUCAGGGCACGUUUGGGCAAGUGGUGUCGUGCUGGUGCGAGGAGCUGGGGUCAAGUGUGGCGGUGAAGGUGAUCAAGAACCAGCCCGCGUACUAUCACCAGGCCCGUGUGGAGAUCGGGUUGCUGCAGCUGCUCAACACGCGGUGUGACCCGGGGGACCAGCACCACGUGGUCCGCAUGGUGGACUUCUUCCUGUUCCGCAAGCACCUGUGCCUGGUGUUCGAGAAGCUGGACGUCAACCUGUUCGAGCUGCUGAGGAGGAACGGGUUCAGGGGUCUGAGUCUCAGCCUGGUCCAGCUCUUCCUGCGGCAGCUGCUGGACGCGCUGGUGGUGCUGCGCGACGCGGCCAUCAUCCACUGCGACAUCAAGCCGGAGAACAUCCUGCUCAAGAGCCCGCACAGCGGCGACCUGAAGCUCAUCGACUUUGGUUCCGCGUGCUUCGAGAACCGCACCGUGUACAGCUACAUUCAGAGCCGCUUCUACAGGUCUCCCGAGGUGGUCCUGGGUUGCGGCUACACAGUGGCAAUCGACGUGUGGAGUCUGGGCUGUGUGGCUGCGGAGCUCUUCCUGGGCCUGCCGCUGUUCCCGGGCGCCUCCGAGCACGACCUGCUCGCGCGCAUCGUGCAGACGUUCGGUCUGCCGCCGCGGUGGCUGCUGGAGAGCGCCAAACACGCGGACAAGUUCUUCAACAAGAGGCUGGCGGCGGACGCCUCGGGCCAGCUGACGCUGCAGUACGAGCUGACCAGCCAGGCGGAGUUCGAGGCCAAGAACGGCUGCAAGGCGCCCGCCGGCAAGCGCUACUUUACCCACACCAGCCUGCACGACAUUGUGCUGGUCUACCCCUUCAAGCAGAGCCUGUGCAGCGAGGAGGUGGAGCGGGAGCGGCGGCUGCGGGAGUGCUUCGUGGACUUCCUGUUGGGGGUGCUGGAGCUGGACCCGCGGAAGAGGUGGACGCCCCGCCAAGCCGCCGCGCACCCCUUCGUCACCGGGGAGCCCUUCACCGGGCCCUUCACGCCGCAGCCCGACCCGCCCCGUGGCCCCGUGCCGCACUUGCACAACGACCCCACCCCGCCCAUGGCAGUACGCUCCGCGCAUGGUUAUCACCAGCAGCAGCAACAGCAAUAUGCGCAUCAGCAGCAACAGCAGCAGGCCAUGGGUAAUGGCACGGUGCCGUCAUCUGCAGCUGCAGCGGCGGCGGCGGCCGCUGCUGCCGCAGCCGCUGCAGCGGCAGCGCAACAGGUGGGUUCUCUUGGCAUCUACGGCGGGGCAGGCGCAGCAGCUGCAAAGGCGCUGGGCGGAAAUAACAGCGGCGGGGGCGUAUUGUACGGCAGUAGCCUGCCGACCCAUGGGUCAGAUCCGUCCCUACAAGCUCACCUACAGCAACAACAGCAACAAUCCGGUUUCGCGCCUGGCUCCCUCACCGCUGCUCCUGCGGGAGGCGGCCUGGCGGCGGCGAUGGCGAUGCUGCAGUACAGCCCCGCACACCAUGCGCAGGCACACGCGCAGGCGCAUGCAAUUGCCAUGGCAGCACUGCAACACCUCAGCAGUCCCAACUUUGGGGGCGUGCUGCAGCCGGGCAGUAGUUACGCAGGUGGUGCAGGGGGUGGUGCUGCCGGUAGCGGUCUAGCAGCGGUGCCGCUGGGCUCCUCGAUGCAGCACGGCUCCUCGAUAUUGCUUGGCAGCUCAUUCCAGCCCACUGGCUUGACGGGAUCCAUGUCGCACACCUUCCUGCCCGGCCUGGGUACCAGCUACAACCCCAACGCAGCCGUCGUCGGCAGCAUGGCCGCCGCCUCGCAGCCUUUCGGACAGCACCAACUGGCCAGUGGGGGCGGCGGGGGCGGGGGCGGGGGGCAGCACGCCUCCGGCCAGCAUCCGCACAUACAGCUGGGUGCCACACCCUCUGCCUCGUCUUUCCUGCACCAGCACAUGCUUUCUUUGGCAGCCCGAGCCCAGCAGCAACAGCAACAGCAGCAACAAGGCAUGCUUGCGAGCGGCAUCGGCGGUAGUACGGGGACAGCAGGGGAGCUAUGUCCGAACGCGGUGGCGGCGGCAGCCGCUGCUGCUGCUGCUGCGGUUCAACAGCAGCAGCAGCAACAGCAGCAACAACAUGCGCAGCUGCAGGUAGGGUCACUGCCGCACCGACUGUCUGGGAUGCUGCAGCUAGCUUCUCCGCACCACCACCACCAACAACAGGCCGGCGACGGGACAUCCAUGGUGACGGCGGCAGCGGCGGCUGCACGGCAGCAGGCUCAGGUGCAGGCAGCAGCAGCCGCAGCGGCUGCAGCUGCUGUAUUCGGCGGUGGCGGCGGUAGCACUGCGGGAGUUGCGACUCCGCCGCAACCGCAUUCGCUGCUGUCGUCGUCCGUUCCCCAUGGCCAGGCAAGCUUAGAUCCCAUGCUCAUGGGCGCGUUGCUAUUGCAGCAGCAGCAGCAAAAGCAGCAGCAGGACCAGGCAGUAGCGACUGCUGCUGCCGCAGCAGCGGCCGCCGCGGCUGCUGCUGCCGCCUCGCGCACCGGUGCCGGGGCCGCCAGUGGCUCUCUCCACGCCGAUUCCGCAGCCAUGCUUGCCCUCCAACAGCAGCAGCAACAACAACAGGAGCAGCUGCUGCAGCAGCAGCAGCGUCUGUACGGCAGCCAUGCUGACGCCCUCUCCGCUCAGUCACUGCGGCACUGCUCCUCGCACACGGCGCUGCCACUGCUGGGCAGCCUGGGUCUCCCCCAGGCGCCCACGAUAACACUGGGUCAAAGCCUGGGGCACGGCCACUUUACACCUGGCGGUGGCGGCGGCGGUGGUGGCAGUUCCCUACUACAGCCCUACGUAACCGCUGCGGCGGCAGCCGCCGCUGGCAUGGGCGGCUACGGCACGCCCACGACGGGCGGCGGUGUGUUUGGCGCCGGCGGAGCCGCCGCCGUGGCGGCUGCAACAGCCGCUGCUGGCGGCGGAUUGUCCGCUGUGGGCCCGGGCGGCGCCAGCGGCGGGCUGCCCCAGGGAGGCAGCUUCACGUCUACGACGGAUAACACGGAUGUGCUGUUUGAGAUGCAGACGGGCGCUACGGAGUCGGGCACCUCGCAGCAAUCGCAGCCGGGCCGGGCAGCUCCGUCCACACCAGCUGAGUCGCCGUCCAUUAACCAGGUCGGCAGCCCAGGCGACUGGGACCCGCUCUACUCGGACGAGCAGCUGCUGGGAGAGGACUCGGCCGCAGCAGCACUCGCCCGCGCCGGCCACACGCACGCUCAGGGUCACGCCACCGGCCAUGGCAUCAUAUUGCCCGGGACCUUCGGCAUGGGCGCAAUGGGCACGGAGGGCGCAGCCGAUCUCAGGCGCAUGGCGGCCCAUGUCGACGGGGGCGGACAGGGCAGGCCUGUCAGCGGUGGUCGCCGCCGGGGGAGCGUAACGGUGUACGGUGGCGCUGGCGAGGUUGCGGCUGCUGCUGCGGCGGCGGGUUCGCGGCAGGAGCCUGGCCGCGCCGGCGGGCUGUUGUUCAGUCCCCGUCAUACACAUCCUUCCGCCGGACCACCGUCGGAGCCGCAUGCUGAGGCAGCAGCGGCGGCAGCAGUGGCGUCUUCGCGUGGCUUGCGUGAUUCCGACUCCAUGCAAACAACACCGCCGCCGGUAGCCCCCCUGCAGCAGCACCACCACCAGCAGCAGCAGCAGCACCUUCCCCACCACAACCCACUCGAGCACCAGCAGCAUCAACACCCACAUCAGAAACGGUCCGCUGGUGCUGCGAUGGCAAUGGCGGAGAGCUGCGGCGGGGCCGGGGCCGGCGGCGGGCGGAGGAGCGCCAUGGAUUGGUCAGCAACAGCAGCAGCUGUGGCUCCCGCGCCGAGUGGAGCCGUGGAGGACGAGGCCAUGGGAGCUGCCGGCGAGGAGGUUCCCGGCGCAGCGGCGGCAGCAGCAACAAAGGCGGCGGCGCAUGGAGGGGCCUACAGCGGCGUCAGCGUGGGUGGCGGCGGCUUCUCAAGCGGCUUUCCUUCUUUGGAAGGUAACUUGCAGCCGGGUGCACUGUCGGCGCUGAGUUUCUCCUUACAACAGCAGGCGCAGCAACAACAGCAACUCACGAUAGCCAUGGGCGCCAGAGGUAGCAGCAGCAGUGGUGGUGGCGGUGGUGUUGCUGCGGGGUUUACGAUGCAAGUCACGGAGGGUGAUGCCGUCGGCGGCGGCGUCGCGGCAACGGCAGCGGCCAUGGGCGGACACGUAGCCUCUGGCUCGCUCGGCGGCAUCGCACAUGCGCUGCUGGCGCAACACCACCAGCAGCAACAACAGGAACCCCUCCCGCAUCAACACCACCAGCAGCAGCAGGAGCAGCAGCAGCGUCUGCCUCAGCUGAACCAACCACUUCGUCAACAGCUACACCACCACCACCACCACCAGCAGACGGGAUGGAGCAGUGACUUGCACCAGCAGCAGCAGCAUCCUUCGUCGGGCCCUCGCAUAGCAGUUCCCGGUCAGGCCCAUGCGGACACCACCGAAGGCAGCGGCGGCGGUGGCGGUCGUGUUCCCAUUCCUGGCGUGGGCUCGAGCCUUCUUGGCUCGGGCGGCUUCGCUCUGGGUGCGAGUCCUGGAGCUCCGUCGUACAUGUACGGCACCGGUGGUGUUGGAGGUGGCGGCAGCAGUAGCAGCCUUCAGAUGCCGCUGCUGCUGGCGGGUAGCUACCAGCCACUUACCUCACAGUUCCUCAUGUCCCCCGCUCAGCAUCAGCAACAACAACAACAGCAUUACGCGCAGCACCAAAGCGGCAACAACAACAAUCACGGCAAUCACAGUCGGGCAACGUCUGCUUCGCAACUUCGCCAGUCGCUUUUGCAGCAGCAGGUACAGCAGCUGCAGCAGCAACAACAACAACAGCAGCAACAGCAACAGCACAUGCGGUUGCAGCAGCAGCAACACCGCCAUGGGCCCCAUGGCAGUGGCCGCGGCAGCGGUGGAGGUGGCGCCGCCGGGGGAACGGCGCCUAUGUUGGGUUCAGAUGACAGCCCGGAGGAAAGCCCCAGCGGCGGCGGAGGGAUGAGCAUGGGGGCCGCGGCCUCGGGGGCCUGGGGGGCAGCAGCAGCUGAUGGCAUGUUGGGCUGCUUGCCCUCGGCCUCCGCUUCCUCCUCGUGCAACGACCUGGCAGGUUCGUACGCACAUGCACUGGCAGGUGCAUCAGGUGCGAGUGCGGGUGCUGCAUCUCACACCCAGCAGGCAGUACACUUCCAGGAAGCGCGGCAGCAGCUGCAGAGCCAACAGCACUUGCAACACGUGCAGGGCGGUGGUAGCAGCGGUAUGCACAUGCCGCAACAGCAAUCGGCUUACCACCACAUCCUCCAACAACAACACCAACAUCAGCACUCGCAGCAACUAGGGUACCUUCAUCACCACCACCAACAACAACAACAGCAGCAGCAGCAGCAGUUGCUGCCGUUCGUGGGUAGUUUGCCGUACAGCGGCGUGAUGCCGCCCAUCAUGGCCGCUCUGCGCUCAGGCAUGGAGGGGCCGGGGGAUGGCGCAGGUGGCUUUGGCAGUGACGCGAGGUGACAGCAACGGGUGUCUAUAGCAGCGGCUCAGCAGGGUCUAGGGAGUUUGGUUGGUAAGGGUUGAGGGUUUGUUGUACCUACAAUGAAGGAUGGUGUGCACCAGUUGGUUUCCGAGACGGAUGCCGAGGAUGAGCGAGGAGGGGGUCCUGGUGUUUAAGCAUGCGGCGGUGGUGGUUGUGGCUGGUGUAAUGUGUUUUUAAUGAGAGGGCUGGAGAGGCGUCCUCUUUGGUAGGUAUGUCUUCACUUCAUGCCGUGGUUCGCCGUCCCUCCCUCACCAGGCGUUGAGGAGGGCAGUGUGGGCGGUUGGGAGGAGCAUACGGCAUGAAAUACGGUAGCGGAGGAGGUGCUGUGUGUAAGCCAGGAGCAGUCGCAACCGUGGGCUCUCAUAGCCCCAUGGCCCUUUUGGCUGGUCUGCCGUGCAAGCCAGAGGCGCACAUACAUUUGCUGAGGCGGGUGUUUUUUCGCGGCCGUGUGUUAUCUCAGGUUCCUCCCGAGAUGUGCGUUGUGCACCCUGGAACGGCUGAUAAACCUGGUUGGUGUGCUGGGUUGGUUGUUUGCGGUUGGCGGUUGCCGUCGGUGAUGUAGUCUUGCAGGACACAUGUCGGAGUCCAGCUCCAACGCAUUUUGUGUAGCCUCGCCUGCAUGGUUGUGCGGUUGGUGUCUGAUGAUGGAUGAGCGCAAAUGGUUGAUACCUAACCGAUGUGGUGUUACGGCGGCGGCCUCAACGGGUUGUUGUCAAUCGCAGGCCUGUCGUAUGCUAGGCGUCGCCCUGUUGAAGGAUGGUAGGAUAGGAGGUUGCACAUGCGCGAUGCAAACAACAAACGUUCUUCCCUGUGCAGCAAAACAUACAAACUGGAGUUAUACCGGUACCUUUGUUUUAGUUUCAUGUAGCGCAACGUGACGAGAGCGCCAGGCGGGUUGCCGAAGGUUGAAACACGUGUGCAUUCAUGAACACGUGUUUCGGGUGUUAUUCCCAAGCCCCAACCACUUUGCCGUGCCAGGUUUGCACUGGAUGGCGCAGAACCAACAGACGGCAGGGCGUUUUGCAGUCAUGCGGAUGUCAGAGGCGCGUGCUUCUGUUGCGUGGUUCGUGGCAUGAGUGCCCCUUAGUCGUGCCACAGGGCUGAAGACGAUUUCCUUGCUUUCAUACUUGGGUAGUAAGGAUGGAUGGUUUUCAUGGUGACUUUCUCAUUAUGACGUGGUGAUGGGGUUCGGGAUGCUUCAACAGCAGCAGCAGUAGCUGUGGGGUGCCAGCUGGGAAGCAGCACGGCUGGACGUGGCUGUGUGGUGAAGUGAGGAGGAAUGAAGCAUGAGGUGACGAUACUGCCCUACCUGGGAGGGGACUACAGGCAUGGGGAUGGGCAAGCCAGGCAAGCCAUAAUCUAUUCGUUAUAUCCGUUAUAACCGUGUCAGGCUAGCUGCUGGGUAUGUGCGGCCUGCCAGUUGUGUAGGGGAGCAGCGGGCUAAGGGAUGUCGUCUGGAAUAUUCGUCUGGAGUCUCCGUUCUCCGCACGGCGGACGAUGCAGCCGCCGUUUGCCUUCUAAGCACGUAAACGAGAGAGAGAGAUCCCGCAGGCCUGGGUGUGAGAAAUAGGUAGAACAACGUAUUUACAAGGUAGCGAGUGUGUGGGUGCUAGGGCAGCAGCAGUCCAUGUUACUGUGUGCUCCGGGGUUUAGAGGGGUAGCACAGCUGGGUUGUUUGGUCCAAUACCACAUUGUGGGAAGGCGGAGGGAGUCGCGUGUCAGCCUCCCCGGGCACGCACCGUUUGCUCUGGUACGGUUCUUGGUACGGCGGUGUUCUUAAUCCUAGAGGGGCGUGAAAGAAAACUGGCCGUGAAUAGGAACAUACUGAAUGGUCGGGGUCCUAGGGUUGUGUGUUUUGGGGUGCAGGGGGCCUGCUCAGACGUCUGCUUGCCUCGACUGCUGCAGUGUCGGGACCAGCAAGGGACGCCGUGAGAGGUAGGCAGGACAGUUAGGAAAACAGGCGAGGUAAUGCGUGUGAGCGCAGGGGCUUUGAUACACGAUAUGCACUGAAUUGAUUGGAGCUGUAGCUCAGGAGGUCAACGUCCUUUAUUGCUACCCUUUUGGUUGUGGGUGAUAAUAUAUAAAGUGUGCCUUUGUUCCUACUACUAACAAUUCCUUAGUUUUGGUGAAAAGGUGGGAUAAGGCAUUUAUCAUAGUCUAUCCGAGCCACUGCAGUCUCCCCCUCCCAUAGUGCCUUCCUGUUUGUAAGGGGCUGUCUACACCGCCCUGCCGUAGCGUUCCUUGCCGCAUCACCCAAACACUACAAGCGUGCGUAGAUGGCAGCAGAUGCUGAGGCCAGCUUCUUCGCCCUCAACCUUUUGCCCAAUAAAGAUGCUCC